CAUUUUUUCUUCUUCUUCUCCUCCAUCAGCUGACUGUCCUACGAGUGAGCUGUCCAGUUCGUGAACAUCUCCACGCGAAGCACACGUGAACAUGACAGUGCCUCGCCAUCGCUGCCGGUCCGCGCUCACGCCGCGCGUGCAGACGAACACGUCUUUAGACGACCGGAAGCUUAUUUUCUAACCCGCUGAAGAGAGAGAGAGAAGAAGAAGAAGGUGGAAAAAAAAGCGAACGUUGUUGGCCAGCUAGCUUGCGUGCUAUCUUCGGUUAGCUAACGGGUUAAAUUAACCGAUGUGAGGUGGAAACAAUGGAGGGGAUUCUGUACAAAUGGACCAACUACAUGACAGGCUGGCAGCCGCGCUGGUUCGUCCUGGAGAGCGGAGUCAUCUCUUACUACGACUGCGAGGACGACGUCGGGAAAGGAAGCAAAGGAUCCAUCAAGAUGUCCGUGUGCGACAUCAAAGUUCAUCCGUCGGACCCGACGCGCCUGGAGUUGAUCAUCCCCGGCGAGCAGCAUUUCUACGUCCGAGCCGUGAACGCCGCGGAGCGCCAGAGGUGGCUGGUGGCGUUGGGCUCGGCCAAAGCGGGAACGCUCGACGGCCACAAGCACAAAGGUCCAGACUGUCUGAAGACGAAGAUGUCUGAGCUUCGUCUGUACUGCGACCUCCUCGUGCAGCAGGUCCAAACCAUCCAAUCACAGCACACCUCUGACCCAGAGGAAACGCCCACUUCUGAGGCCUCUCUACUCAGUGCAACCUGCGCCACCUUCAUCAGGACGCUGGAGGAGUGUAUGACCCUCGCCAACCAGAGUAUGACCCCUGACCUUCGACCCCCUGAAAGGAUGAAGAGGUCCAUCAGUCAUCCGGGAACGUACAGCUUUGACAGGUCCGGUGUGCUAAAGGAGUACUCGAGUGGAGGUCAAAGGUCAACUCAGCGCAGGAACCGGUCGUGCUCCGACAGCUCGCUUUAUGAUACUGAACGUGUGCUGCCCAGUGUCAACGGGGACUCGUCCUCCAUCCCCGAGGAGAGGGGAGGCAGCGUGAGUCCAAAGACCACGCCCACCGACACAGACACUGACCUGUCCAUCUGAAGAGGUCAACGCGAGCCCAAAGGUCGGCUCCGGACGCCGACGUCGUCUUCGGCGAACGGAGCGACGAAGACGACGGACACAUCGAUCUCCUCCCUCGUACUUUUCCCCCUCCGGAUUGAGCCGAUUGCCAAAACACGUGCACUUUGGAAUCGUAAUGAUUGUUUGUUUUUUUCUCCUGAAGGCCGUUUUAUUUUUUAAAUUAAUUUUUUUUAUUCAGCGUUUCAGUCGCACACAGUGUAACGCGCCGGAGAGAACGGCGAGCCGGACUCGUGCCCGGAGACAUCGUGAGUAUUUAAAGAAGCUCAAAAUCUGUGAAGAACAAAGUGAAGGAACAUAGCGAUCGUCGUAGGCAGCUAACGAAUAACUGGAUUGUUUGUUCAGCGCUUUAAAAACGGACCCGGAUGGUUUGUUUAGUCUUUUUUUUAAUUAAUUUUUUUAAAUGAUUUGAUGUGACAUUUAAAAUCAAGUAUUUUCUGCCCUUUUUUUUCUUUUUAUUUCACCCACACGCUCAAGAACUCGCCGAGCGUCUUCUUACGUUUCUUCUUUCUCGCCUGCGGGAAAAAAAAAAAAGCAAACGUCCCUCCAGCUUCUCGUCUUUGAGGUCGUCGUCUCCGUUGAACUCUCUCUUGAGAGCUGAAGGUCUUCGGAUGCCAAAGUUUAAAAGCCGACAUUAAAUGUGCCAUCUUUCCCAGCGAAGCUUCUUCUCCACACUUCAAAAGACUCUUAAACAUUACAGAUGGAUGUGAACGUGUGCAAAGUUACUGCCUUCUUUUCUUUUUAAUGUUCGUAUUUGAGUGUUUUUUUUUGCUGAUGAACUCCGGACAAAACGUUUGUUCAUUUGAGCUCUCCGGGCCACCGUACAUGAAGUUCUUUUUUUAUAAAUGAUUGAAGUUCAGAUGCCUUUUCCCCCUCGUGGUCUCUCUCCUCACUUGCCAAAGCUAACCAAUUAGCAUCGUGUCUCAAACUAAACCUCGUCGACGGUGGAUUAUUCGGCAUUAAAACUUUUUAAAUAUAAAAAACGUGUAGGAAAAUCUAUUUAUUUUUUUUCCGCCGAAGGACAAAUCAAUCUUCAAGUAAAACAUUUCAGAGAUGAUUAGCUCGUGAUGAUUAGCUUGUGAUGAUUAGCUUGUGGUGAUUAGCUCCUGAUGAUUAGCUCCUGAAUCUAAGGUAUGAAACUGAGCUGCAGUUAAUGAGUCUAGUUUCCCGUCUUGAUUAAUCACCUUUUUAAAAAGGUGCCGUCAGUGAUUAUAAUCAACGCUCUCGUAGUCAAAUUCAAAUUCACACGUUGACACACGUUAUUGUCGACACACGUUAUUGUCGACACACGUUAUUGUCGACACACGUUAUUGUCGACACACGUUAUUGUUGACACACGUUAUUUCAGCCAAUCGGCGACAACGAGGCGUUUGUGCUCUCGAAGAAGAACGAUUUGUUUGAGCGUGAAGUUCAAAUAUCACAAGAACCUGCUUUGAACACGCCGUCUGCACAAACUCUCAGUAAACAAGAGACACGUAAACAAUAUAGAUGUAAACAAUAGAGACUUAAGUAAGAGAGACAUGUAAACAAUAGAGAUGUAAACAAUAGAGACUUAAGUAAGAGAGACACGUAAACAAUAGAGAUGUAAACAAGAGAGGCGUAAACAGUAGAGAUGUAAACGAGAGAGACGUAAAAAAUAGAGAUGCAAACAAUAGAGCUGUAAACAAGACACGUAAACAAGAGACGUAAAAAGUAAACGUAAACGACAGACACGUAAACAAUAGACACAUAACAGACAAUUAAACAAGAGAGACGUAAACAAUAUAAACGUGAACAAUAGAGACAAAGAAGAGAGAGCAUUCGCUGUAAAAUUAUAUCCCCAAAUAAAUUAAUUUUCAGAUUUCUCCACAACUCUCAAAGACAACAUGCGAAUGAUCAAGUUUGUGAUCAUAACGCCCUUCGUUACGAUUUUAAAAGGAACAGUUUCAAUAUUUUGGGCAAUUAGCGUGAAGACCGAUAUCCCUCUCUUUGUGUCACCUCCAUUCAGGGCCCGGCUAGCAGUUUCCCCCCGUUCCCAGUGUUUGUGCUAAGCUACGCUAACCGCCCCCUGGCCCCAGCCUCCAUGAGAGCGACGUCAAUAACGUUAUUCACCAAAAAUGUCGAACUGUUCCUUUAAUUCAACACAAACGGCUUUUUGUUCAGGGGGAGACGAACUUUAAUUAAACUGCUGAAUUACAACGGAAGAGUAUUUUAUGUCCAGUUUUUUGGGGACGAACCAGAUUUUCAUGCCUUAAGUGUCUCUGCACGAAGUAACGUGUGUGUGUCUGUGUGUGUGUGUGUGUGUGUGUGUGUGUGUGUGUGUGUGGUUGCAUCAGACUUUGCAUUAUAUAAAUAAAACGAUAAUAUUUUAAACUGAAAAGUGAGUUUUCUCGUCGUUUGUUUUCAAAAGUGUUAUUUUUGUGCGUUUUUUAUAUUCACACGUGUCGAACCUGCCGUGAAGCAACAAUAAAUAUAAAUACAACUAAA